AGACAACAAGAAGCAGGAGAGACAGCUGAUGAUUUUAUCACUGCACUUCAUUGUUUGUCAGAACAUUGCGGUUAUGGAGCUCUGCUUAGUGAGAUGAUAAGAGACAGACUAGUUGCAGGCUUACAUGACAAAAGACUGUCCAAGCAAUUACAAAUGGACCCAGAAAUAACACUGGAUGAAGCUGUCACACGCAUUCGUCAAACUGAACUUGUGGAAAAGCAACAGGACCUGCCAGAGCAUACCUUCAAAGCUGCCAGCAGUGCGGCACAUGUAGACGGUGUGCUUUCAUAUAGCAAACAGCAAUGCCCAGCCAAUGCCCAGUGCCAAUCAGAGAAGAAGAAUCAAAACUCAGAAAGACCACAACAACCCCAAACAACACAGGAGAAUGGAGAGGAGCCCCAAGAUACUGAUGACUCUGAUGAGUGGAUCGAGGGUUUCAGUCCUGGAGGAGAGAAGCCACACUUCUUCUCUGACUGCGGUCAGAACUUUCAAAAAGUAAGGGAUCUUAUAAGACACCAUCGAACACAUACAGGAGUGAAAGAAAUGUUCUGCCCUGAUUGUGGGAAAAGUUUUACCCGCUCUGAUAAUCUGAAAAGGCACCAGAUGACACAUAAGAAAGGGGGUGAUUGUCCUUACUGUGAUAAAAGCUUUUCUGAACCGGGAGAACUAAAAAUACACAUGGAAGUACAUAGUCAAGAAAGGCCAUACCUUUGCCCCGACUGUGGGAAGAGAUUCAAACAGUUAUGGGUGUUGAAAAAUCACCAGCUAAAACAUACAGAGAAGAUUUUACCACGGGAAAGGCAUCACCGCUGCUCCGACUGUGGGAAGAACUUUACACGAAGUCAUAGUCUAAGAAGACAUCAGCAAGAAACACAUACAGGUGAGAAGCCUUAUCACUGCUCUAAUUGCGACAAAAGUUUUGCGGGACGUGAGAGACUUAAAAAACAUCAACUAACACACAAGGAAAAGAAACAUAAAUAUUACCGCUGUUCAAGGUGUGAUAAAAGAUUUCCUGACAUAGCAAAACUAAGAUCACACCUUCCAGUACAUUCUGUAGACCUGGCACUCCACUGUUCUGACUGUGGAAAGUGUUUCUUAAACAAGGCAAAGUUCGAAAGACACCAAAUAAUACACACUGCAAGUGGGAAAAAACCAUUCCUCUGCACUGACUGUGGGGAUGGUUUUACAAAUUUACGACGGUUGGAAGAGCACCAGCGAACACACACCGGAGAGAAACCGUACCACUGCACUGAAUGCGGGAAGAGUUUUGCACGUGAAUGGACAUUAAAGAGUCACAAGCAAGUGCAUAAGUUAAAACACUCUGGAGAAAGAGCAGCCUAUCCUUGCUCUGAAUGUGGAAAGACCUUCUCCCGUUCACGUGACGUGAUGACUCAUGUGAGAAGGGUGCAUAAUAAAGAGAGACCUUUCCAGUGCUUCUGCUGUGAAAAACGUUUUUUCCAAAAGAACUUCCUUACAGUACACAUGAGAAUUCACACUGGAGAGAAACCGUACCAGUGCUCAGACUGUGGACAAAGCUUCUCCCAAAUUGGCGACCGAAAACGCCACCAGAAGAGGCAACACUCUAAAGAGGAGACUUGACCUCUAUACUAGUGUGGAAGGCCACCUAAUUUGUGCAAAAGUCAGUCCUCUCCUCUCCUCUGUGACUCGGAAACUGAUGAGUGGUCGCCAUAUGUAGGAGAGUGACAAUUUGUUAGUAGGCGAAUGGAGGAGAUUGCUCCCCUCAAUUCAAUUGCCUCCUUUGGCAGAGAAACAUCAGGGAAGAAUCUCAAUUGCAUACUCCUCGCAUUCUCUCCCCUCGCCGCCACCUCAACCCAUUGGAGGAAAAGGUCAUAGGGGAGGGACCUCUGGCUUUCUCAUCCAAUGGGUUUUGAGAAGGAGGCGAGGAGAGAUGACGCAGGGAGUAUGCAAUUGAGAUUCUCUUUUAUCACCCUCAGUUUCCACCCUGCAAAUGUGUAUUUGUUAGCCUUUUGGGUAGUUUAAAAGGAUUAUUUCAAAGAGAAAAAGGGUAGUUAAUAUAUGGACUUGACUAUUAGAACCAAUAUUUCACUGGACAAUUAAUAUCAAGGAUGUGAUAAUUAAACAUUUACACAGUCCACUACAGUGGAGGCUGCUGAGGGGAGGACGACUCAUAAUAAUAGCUGGAGUGGAG